AUGUCAGAUCAACAAAAUGGAUUUAAUUAUGCACUUCCAAAUUAUGCAUAUUACCUGCAAAAUUUAUCAAAUUUCCAUAUUCCAAAUGAAGAGGAUAGAAUCAAUUCAAUUUUAAAAUCUACAAAUGUCGAAUACCAUCAAUUGCAUCAUUUCACACUUCCAGCAGAAGUCACACUUAACCAAUAUGCAAUAAAUUUAAAUAGAUCACCAACAUCCAGCAAACAUUUGUCGAUAAUCAGUUCGCAAAUUGAAAAUUUAAAUGGAUCAACAACAUCCAGCAGUCAAGAGUCAAUGAACAGUAUACAGAAACCAACAUCUAGCGAAUUUAGCAACAUCUGCAACAAAUUUACGGAAACUUAUGAUAUUUAUGAGCCACGAGAGAAAGAUUUGCCAAGCAUAGUCUCAAUUUCAUCAAAUCAUGUCCCUUCAAUCGAUAGAACUGAAACAAACAGUUUUGAGAAAGACAAAAUGGAAUUGGCUAAGUCUUAUGUUGUGAGUGAAGAAAGUUUGGAGGAACUGGAUCGUCAGCAGGACAACAAUUCAUUUUCCGUCGAUGUCGAUAAUUUGUACGAAGUUCUGAAGAAUUUCCACUUGGAAACUGGAUCUGAAGCUGAAAAUGGAAAGAAAAAUGAAAGUUUUGCUGAUAUUGAGGAGACAGGACAAGAAAUUAUAUCAAUAUCGUCCAUCGAUAACGAUAUUGACUUCAUAAUUUUCAUUUUGAAGAGACGAAAGCAACAAAAAGCUCAUCCUACAUAUAAGCCUUUGAAACUAUCCAUCAUCUUCAUUCGAAUUAUGACACAUAAAUUAAUUAUGUGCCAUAGUAUUCGCGGAUGGUAGAAAAGCAAGAGGAAGUGGAAAUUUUUACAGUUUUUCUUCAAUAUGACGACGAUGAACAAUCAGCACACAAAUUCGCUUCUGGUCAAGCUUUCUCACCAUUUCUGUUGUUUAUCCACCAUCAGGAUCAACAAUCAACUCAAUUUCGAAGAUGUCAAGCAACACAUCAGUUUUGUUGACAACUGAUGACACGACCCACAACAAUUCAAAUUUUUGAAACCCGUUAUUAUUUGAAUCCCAAACGACCGUUACUUACAAAGAAGAAGAAAGUUUGUCUUUAUUGGAAUGAACUUUGGUAGAUUUGUUUUUUUUACAAAAAUUGCAGUUAACAUUAAUGAUACCAACCUUUGCGGUUUUAACUCAUUAUUAAAGCAUGAGAGUUU